AUGGCCUCACGAGCCGUCGAGGUCACGUCGAUUCCUCAGCUCGUUAGGCUUGUUACCACAAGCCUGCAACCCGCCUCAAUCGCAGACUAUGUGGCAUUGGUCAUUGCGGCCGUGAUUGUUGCGGGAUACUUGACUAGAGGGACGCUGUGGGAUAAGCCAGACCCUUACAGCCACAUCUACUUUGAACGACCUCAACAGCGAAAUGGCGUAGCGAGCUCGCAAACCCCAUCACAGCGCAAUAUCGCAAAGAAGCUGUCCGAAACCGACAAAAGAGCCGUUGUCUUUUGGGGUUCUCAAUCAGGGACAGCAGAACGUUUCGCCAGUCACCUUGUGAAAGAGGUGCAAUCGCGGUUCGGGCUUGGUGCGCUGUCUGCCGAUCUUUCGGACUACGACUCGGAGUCUAUCACUGAACUAUCGGAUGGUCGAUUCGCGAUCUUCAUCCUCUCGACGUACGGCGAGGGUGAUCCCAGCGACAAUGCCAAUGGCUUUUGGGACUGGAUCAACCGUGGAUCACCGCAUUCUCUUUCGAACCUACAAUUUGCUGCGUUUGGUCUCGGAAACAGCAACUACAAAUACUACAACCGCGUCGUCGAUGUGGUGGUCGAAGCAUUGACAAGGAAAGGAGCAACUCUCCUCUUACCGGCGGGUAAAGCAGAUGACGCGGAACGUUCUACCGAUGAAGACUUCCUUUCAUGGAAAGAUGACCUCUUCGCUAUGUUCAGGAGUAAACUGGGGAUGGAAGAACGUGUGGUCGAAUAUCAACCUAGCAUUAUUGUCACCGAAGACGAUUCUCUAGCGCUCAUCGACAUCCAUCAAGGCAAGCCCACGCAUGCCAGAGACAACCUCAAAGCCGCUGCAGCAUGCUCACCUAUUCGGCCACUGUCAAUCACGAAUUCGCGGGAACUCUUCCAGAAUUCCGAGCGAAAUUGUGUCCACAUGGAGCUUGACCUUGCGGAGCAUCCUGAGAUUCACUACAAGACGGGCGAUCAUCUUGCCGUAUGGCCCACAAACCCGGAACCAGAAGUUGAAAUACUCCUCUCGGUUCUGCAUCUACAUGAUCGUCAAGACUUUCCGUUGAUCCUCAAAUCUGUCGAUGCCGCAACUAAGCUCCAAAUUCCGACCCCUACAACAGUCCGUGCUCUUUUCCACAGAUAUCUGGAAAUAUGCGCCCCAGUAUCGAGGAGCACCAUCCAAGGGCUCGCUGCCUUCGCUCCGUCACCCCAAGCAAAGCAGCGAGUCCUUGAACUUGGCCAAGACAAAGACCUUUACAUGUUAUUCCUGAGGAAGAACCACCUGACGCUAGGUCGGCUACUCAAGCUUGCCAGCCAGGGGGAACCAUGGGCCAAGCUACCCAUGGCUUACUUGAUAGAGGCUCUGCCUCUGAUGCAACCGCGCUACUACUCGAUCUCGUCAAGUAGCGUGCUCAGUCCACGAAAGGCCGCGAUCACUGCCCUCGUCGCUUCGGAUCAUGUCCCUGAAAAUCCAGAGCAGAAGAUCCUGGGUGUCACAUCCAACUAUCUCCUUGCACUAUCGCAGACACAUCCUGCCUCUGCCACAGCAGAUAUACAGGCAGAGAAGGUCACCUCUCCACAGUACGACCUCCUUGGCCCUUCUAACCUCCUUCACGGCACCAAGAUCUUCGGGCACGUCCGCAAAAGCAAGUUCAAACUCCCCAUCCAAUCCAGCUGUCCCAUCAUCAUGGUCGCGGCGGGGACCGGGAUCGCCCCCUUUCGAGCCUUCAUUGCCGAGCGAGCAAAGCUCCACGCCAUCGGAAAACCUAUUGGGAAGAUGAUGCUGUUCUUCGGCUGUCGCCAGCCCCAAGAAGACUACAUCUAUCGUGACGAGCUGGAGCAAGCUCAAGCCGCGGUCGGCAAGCACGUCUUCCAGAUCGUCACGGCCUUUUCGCGCGUGCCCGGCCAAGACAAGGUCUACGUCCAGCAGCGCGUGCGAGAACACGGCACCCAAGUUGUCCAGAUGAUCGAGGAGAAGAGUGCAAACCUGUACAUUUGCGGGCGCGCCUCGAUGGCGAGAGAGGUCGGGUUCAGUCUGGGUGAGACGGUGAAGGCGCUGAAAGGAUGGAGCGAUUCCGAGGUCAAGGGCUGGACUGAAGCGCUCAAGCGGACGGGCAAGUGGAGGGAAGAUGUUUGGGGAUGA